CCUAGCGAUCGCCGAGGAAGCUGAUGUGUUAGUCCUUGUUUGCAGCCGAGGACCAGGAAGUAAAGUUGGAGCUUCCUCGGCGCCAGAUAAGUUUCUCACCCCGAAGGACUGCAGGGUGCACAGGUGUCCUGAGCCACGGGAGCCUGACACAGUCCGGGCCCGCACCCCGAGAAGCCGCCGCGACGCCAGGUGAGAAUGUCAUCUUUGACUCACCGAGGCCGGCGGCGAGCUGAGGUUGGCAAGAAUUCUGAAAAGAAGUUGGAAGGUGAGGAAGACUCCAACCAAGAAAGAGGCCUGGAUAAUGAUGAUUCCGGGGAUUCUAAGGAUAUUCGCCUUAACCUCAUGGAAGAGGUGUUGCUCCUGGGCCUGAAGGAUAAGGAGGGUUACACAUCUUUCUGGAAUGACUGCAUUUCUUCUGGGCUUCGAGGAGGCAUCCUGAUAGAAUUGGCCAUGCGCGGCCGGAUCCAUCUGGAGCCCCCCACCAUCCGGAAGAAGAGACUGCUGGACAGAAAGGUGUUGCUAAAGUCAGAUAGUCCUACUGGUGAUGUCUUACUGGAUGAAACCCUCAAGCACAUCAAGGCCACAGAACCGGCAGAAACGGUUCAAACAUGGAUAGAGCUGCUCACAGGUGAAACGUGGAAUCCCUUCAAGCUGCAGUACCAGCUGAGGAAUGUGCGAGAACGGAUUGCCAAAAACCUGGUGGAAAAGGGUAUUCUGACUACCGAGAAGCAGAACUUCCUACUGUUUGAUAUGACCACACACCCAGUGACCAAUACCACAGAGAAACAGCGGCUGGUCAGAAAGCUCCAGGAGAGCGUUCUGGAGCGAUGGGUGAACGACCCCCAGCGCAUGGACCGCAGAACCCUGGCCCUCCUGGUGCUGGCUCACUCCUCAGACGUGCUGGAGAGUGUCUUCUCCAGCCUGGCAGAUGACAGAUACGACAUAGCCAUGAAUCGAGCCAAGGACCUGGUAGAGCUGGACCCGGAGGUGGAAGGAACAAAGCACAGUGCCACAGAGAUGAUCUGGGCCGUGUUGGCAGCCUUCAAUAAAUCCUAAAGCCGGCAGGGGGGCUCCUCCUUACCCCUGCUGCUGUUGCUGACCAUCAGAAGCCACAUCGCGCCGUUCAUGGGAUGAGGUGUUUGUUUGGGAGUUGGUUGAUAUUCAUCUUUUUUUCCUUCUCUUGGACCAAAUUCUUGGUGAGUAAGGGAGCAACCUCAGGGCAUCGCCACAGGCCUUGACAUGACAAAUGAAGACUUGCCACUUUCCCCAACAGUUCUUAUCCGCUGGAGGAGAACGUGGGGCUUGGCACCCACUCUCCUUUUUUGGCUCACUCCGUGGCUUGGGCACAUAUGACCAGUCAGGCGGGAUCUGGAUGCUUCAGCCACAGAGUGUCAGGCAGAAGUAGUAGAGCAAGCUCUUCAUUUUUCUAAAAAAUGUGUCCCAUCUUAAAUAUAUAGCUCACUCAAGUCCUUUGUGUCUUGGACUCUUUCAGCGUACUGUAGUUUAUUAAAGUAGCAUCCUACUUGGGUGAAGGGCAGAAAUCAAAAUCAGUUUUUGAAGCACUUGAGAUGUGGUAUUUGUAUAUCCCUAUCAUGCCGAUGGUUUCCCCCAUCUUUCCAUUUCUGGCUUAAAGCAUGUCUAAAAUCUACCAGCCUGGUCAUUAACAAAUAUUUAGAGAUAAAUGAGAGAUAAAUUUUCAGAUUCCCUCCUACUCCAUUUCAACCUUCCCACAGCCAGAAAACCAAUUUUAAAAUUUGUCUCUUAACUACCUCCUCUAUGCAUUGCAACAUUGGAAGCUGUGAUAGGGAAGGAAUGAAAUUCCUGUCCCUUACUACAAGGUGAUUAUUCUGGUUCACUCCUUCCUCCUGUGCCCUCCAGUUCUUUUCAUGUAUUUAUUUUGGUUUCAGCCAAUGAGGCUAGAACUGAAAUUGCUCUUGGAAUGCAGCCUCCUGAGUUCAAAGUGAUCUAGGUCUUUAUUUAUUCCAUCAAGCUUCCUGACCAGAGGUUGUGAUUCUCUGUUUAUUGUUAAUUAUAAGGUAGCUUUGCUAUGGCCACACGCCACGAGGACACCCAUCUUUAAUUUGUAUCAGAAAGGUCUCCUGCUCUCAUCUCUGUAGAAUAGGCAGGAAAAACUUCAUUGAGGGCUCCUCUUGGGGCUUAUGUAUCUUAGGGAAGGAAAUUUGGGAUUGGAAGGACAGAUCCCAGGAAUGAGUUUAGCUAAUAUCAGAAAUUUACCCACCCCUGUACCUCCUUCUCCCUCCCCCCAAAUUAGCACUGCUUCUUGACUCUGACUAAAAUGUUGUCUGUCAAUGGCCAGGCCUCCUGGUAGUUCUGGAAUGGACCUCUCUGGUGAGUUAUCAUGCAUGUUCAAAAGUAAUUGAAUGUAUCAGCGUAACCCCCCUCCUUCUCCAUAACCUGGCCACAGUAACCACAGAUAGUAUCAAAUUAACAUGUCUUAGUUUUUCCUUUAAUGACCUUUUGAUGGCUAGAAGCAAAUUGUCAGUAAUAAUUAUGAAACUCGGCUGAAUUCCAAAUUUGCUUUUCUCAAAACAGACACCAAGCCCCUCAUAGUCCAACUUGGUUUUGCUUUUCUUGCAAUUUGAACUGUUCGUUUGCAUGAAAACCAGAUUGUCCUAUGGAAAGUAUCACUUUAAAUGAUGCUAGAGGCCAUCAUGAGUUUGGUUAUUUUCAGUCCUUGGUUGGUCAUUAUUUUUUGUAUCUCUCUCAAAAAGACAGGGAGAGGCCAGGUAGAAAUAAAUCUGCAUUGUGUAUACUGCCAUUCAGCUUCCUUUUACCUGCAUAUGGCCAUCGCCUUUGUUUCAAUAAAGUUUGUAUUCUUGGCA